AUGUCUGAUCUACUGGUUAGUUCUGAUGGAACUGGACAUCCUUUAGAGGAUGUCAAACGGUUUUUAAAAAGUAUAAAAAAUAUUGCAAAAGUCAAUGAAGAAUCAAAUAAUCACGAAGUUCUUGAAAUCGUCCGUGGUAAAUUCAUACAAGCAGCAGGAUUAUGGUUCGAUAAUCAUGAACAUAUUUUCAAGAAAUGGUCAGAUUUCGAAACUGCAUUUCGAAAUCGAUAUUUUUCGACCACAAUUAUUCACAAAAAAUUCGCUAAAUUAAAACAACGAACACACUUAUCAGACGAACCAGCUACAUCUUAUACUGAUGAUAUAAUCAAUCUAUGUCGAGAUAUUGAUCCAACGAUGUCCGACUCAAUCAUUAUCCAAUACCUUAUGAGUGGAAUCAAUCCAGAAUUUAGAAAAGAACUUUCUCGACAUCAGUCAUGCAUGAAUUCAUUAGAUGAAUUUUUAAAAUAUACCAAAAUUCAACAAGAUCUAUAUGAUACAUUCGAGAAAACUCGUCAAUUAGCCAUUGUGACAACCCUGGUUGAACCCAUUGAGUCAAAACAAUCUCAAUUUACAAAUUAUCAUUCUCCGAAUCCGUCAGUUGCAACUACAAUAAAACAACCAACAAAUCAACAGUACUACACACAGUACCAUGAUAAUUCAACAGAGAGCUCCAUGAAGAAAUGGAACUCGUUUCCUCAACAUCAAUACCAAUCAAGAAUAUCAACAAAUAAAGCUUCACAACCACAUGAAUACAACUCAUAUUUUAAGACAGCAUAUUUUAUUCAGCAAUCAGUACCAAAUUCCAGAUUCAAUAACUGCCGAAUAUGUGGUCGUAAUAAUCAUCGUACAAUUGAUUGUUUUAGUAAAUGCACGACAGGAUGUUUUAAAUGUGGUGGAAGCCACCAUUUUCGUCAAUGUCCAAUGCUUCAAAAUUUUCAAUAA